AAUGAAAUUUUAUUUUCUACAGAAAGAGGAAAUUUUCUUCUAAACUUUAACAUGGGACGUCGAAAAAGAAGACGAUCGUUUGAUCGUAAACCAUUUGAACCAAAACGACGGCGAGUGAAAAGUCCAUUCGAUUUUCGAAGGUAUGCCAAGUACGUAGAAGAACAAGCUCAAAAUUACUAUGAUUACGGAAGUGAUGACGAGAUCGGUUACGAGAUUUCCAUGGAAACAAGUGGCGAACCGGAUGGGGAAGACAAGUUGCCAGUUGAACUGAAAAAUGUAGAAAAAAUGUUUGAUGUGCCAAUAUUGGAUGGACAUGACAUCAAAUAUAUUGUAUGCAUGCUGACAGCCGCUCUUGGUAGUGAACCAGACCGCAUUUGUUCACUUUUAAAAACAAAGGACUUUUUCCGCAGACAUGAUGUUUUGAGUCUAGUUACUGAAAAAUUGACAUCAAAAUGUUGCGAUUCAGAGGAAUGGCUUGAAAAUAUGGUCAAACUUGUAAUUUUAAUUACAAAACAAGAAGAUAUCAAAACAAAGUACACAAAAACCAUACUAGGACUACUCUCUCAGAUAAAAUGUAUCAAUGAUGACACUAUCGUCAAGGACCAGAUAAGGGAGACUAUUAGAAUAUUGAACGUUAGGGAAAAGCUGGAAAAGCUCAAAGAUGACGGUGACACUACGUUUAUUCUGUCUGAUGAAAUAAAAGACGAGUUGCGAAAAUUAGUUAAUUGGCCAAUUUUACCAUCAGCACAAAUGAUACGCCAGAACGAAUCACUCCCGAUAUUACCCCGCGACCUAAAUUUGCCUUACAAAAGUCCCGCCCAUUACCUGAUUGAUCAGUUCAGUCUAUUUUUGGAAGAUUUUAUCGGGCCACUGCGCCGGGGUAUCCGGAAUUAUAUGGAAUAUGUCAAUUCCAAGGAAACACAGGGAAGGUUUAAAGACGAUAAUGUCCGGAUAUACAAAAGAAUACGUCUCCUUGACAACAAAUGUGUCCCCGGAUCAGGUGUUGGUCUAGAGGUGCAAUUUGACAUGAAGAUGUUCAAGAAGAUUCGUUGGGAAAGUUGUAAUUUUUUGCAAUACGGGAAUGUUGUGUGUUUGACCUAUGAUGACUGUUCUGAUUUAGUGUACGCAUUAAUUGCAAAUCGUGAUCUAAAACAACUAACGGAUGGAAGAGUGUUGCUUAAAAUUCUAAACGAUGACGUCCAAAGUAUUAACAAUCUGCGAAAUGUUCAGGAAUGCCGUCUCGUUAUGAUAGAAAGUAAAUCAUUCUACAUGGUUUAUGAUCACACAUUGAAGUCACUUAAGACUCUUGCAUCUGCAAUGCUAGAGAAAAAUGAAAACAUACCGUUUGCAAAGUAUUUGGUUUAUUUAAAACAGGACGUUUUGGAACCUCUUUACACACGCAAAAAGAAUUUUGACGUAAGACUAGCAGACUUUGGAUGCCUGUUGCGAUAUGGAAAACAAACAUCAAAAACCUCGUAUGAGAAGGUUCCUAUGCUCAAUGUGGACAAGUGGCCAACAUCGGAAGAAAUGGGUCUCAACAAAGAUCAAUAUGAGGCGCUCAAAAAAUGUCUGACAAAGAGAAUUGGUAUUCUUCAAGGCCCGCCUGGGACGGGUAAAACAUGGAUGGGAUUGCGAAUAAUGGAAUUCUUACUUUACAACAAAAGCAAAUUUGAAGAAAGUCGACCUAUAUUGCUUCUCAGUUACACCAACCAUGCACUCGAUCAGUUUUUUGAAAAAUUACUAGAUUCAGUUAGUCUCCGAUUUUUGUUUAGAGGAAAAGAGCGGCCUUUUGUGAGAGUAGGUGGUAGAUGUGCAAAUGAACGAGUACAAAAAUUUAUGCUGAAAGAACACAGAAAACAAGAACGAUACUGGAGUGAAAACAGGCGGCAUGUACAAAACUCCACUAAAUGUGUUAAGUAUAUUGAUACGUUUCUUUCCUACUUACAGAAAGGUAUCGUAUCGACGCGGUUUUUAGAGACUGAAAACAUUAUAUCCCCUCAACAUAUUUGGUCAUUGGAAAUAAAUUUCAGAUUUCAUGAGAAGUUCGUCCCAUGUAAAGAAGCUAUUAUUAUUUCUUGGCUAUGCAUACCAAAUGUAGCGACGGAUUUCCGUGGACACGUGACCAAAGCGCAAAGAGAAAAUGGAAUAGAAAUAGAUGACUUAUUUUUGCAAGAAAAUCAAAAAAGGAUUCUUGGCGAUGACGAUGAUGAUUUUGAGAAAGAAAUUCUACACGCUAUUCGUCCUUCUUUUGUCUUUGCAGAUGAACAUCUGUGUCCAAACAAUGUGAAUUCAAACGGAAUAAUAUUUAAUACUUUCUUCCCUCAGAUCUUCCGAAACAUUCAUCAGGUAUUUUGGAACCGAGUGUCUUACGAAAAACGCAGGAGAAUGUUGUCUUAUGUUCAACAAAAUCUGCGCUGCCAGGAUAUUAUGCCAGUUCAGAACGUGCGCCGCAUUCGUAAUGUAUGGAGGCUAAGUCUUCGCGAACGCUGGAAACUGUAUAGGUUUUGGAUUCACCAAUUAUCAAUAAAGUUUCAAAAUCAAAGGACGAAUUUAAUUUCUCAUUUCAGCAGGAAAAGUCAAGAUGAUCACCAUGAACGCUUCAAACGUGAUCUUUCUAUUCUGACCUCCUGUCAAAUGAUAGGAAUGACCACAACUGGCGCAGCGUCAAAUAUGGAACUUCUGAGAGAGAUUCGACCACGAAUUGUGGUGGUGGAGGAAGCGGCUCAAGUUCACGAGCAGCACAUUCUUGGUUGCUUAACGAAAGAUUUGCAGCAUUUGAUUCUGAUUGGUGACCACCAACAACUUCGCCCAACAAUGAACAACUAUGAUCUUAGAUGUCAAUAUAACACAGAUGUUUCUCUAAUGGAGCGACUCGUCAUGAAUGGUUUUCCUUUUCAAUGUUUGGCACAACAACAUCGGAUGAGGCCAGAAAUAUCAUGCAUGUUGACCCCUGCAAUUUAUCCAUCUCUUCAAGACCAUUUGACUGUUCUAGAAUACCAGGAUGUUAAAGGGAUGAAACAUAACAUAUUUUUCAUUGAUCAUCAAAAUCCAGAAAGCCAAACAAACUAUUCUACAAGUUACACGAAUGACUUUGAAGUUGAAAUGAUAGCCAACUUGUAUAAAUACCUUAUAUUACAGGGUUAUUCAAACUCCGAUAUAACAAUUUUAUCUGCCUAUAAUGAUCAAGUGAGAAAGAUAAGAACGAGAGUUUCUCAAAUUUCACAACAAUUAGUGAUAGGAAGAGAGCUCUCUAACCAAAGAGUUCAUAUCACUGCUGUUGAUAACUUCCAAGGAGAGGAAAAUAAAAUAAUUUUGUUAUCGCUUGUUCGUAGCAAUGAAGAUUGUAAAUUAGGUCAUCUUGGAGAUCCACAAAGAAUCUGUGUUUUGCUUUCAAGAGCUAAGGAAGGAUUUUAUGCUUUUGGAAAUUUUCAGAUGUUAUAUAAACGCAAUAACCCUCUGUGGAUGAAAAUAAUCACAAAAGCAAAGGAAAAAGAUGUGCUCGGGAAAAGCUUAUCACUGGUUUGUAAAAAUCACCCUCAAAAGAUCACCAGCGUUUCAGGUCCAGAGGAUUUUGAGAAUGUCAAAGACGGUGGAUGUGAUGAACCUUGUGCUACUCUUCUUCAAUGUGGCCAUGUCUGUGAAAGAAAGUGUCAUGCAGAUAACUCAAUUCAUGACCUCCCAUGUCAAAAAGCAUGUUUAAAGAAAUGGUGUGACGAUGGACAUCUGUGCCAGAAAGAAUGUUAUAAAGAAUGCGGACCAUGCAUGGAAAGAGUAAAAAAGAAGUACCUUACUUGUGAACAUGAAGUAUGUGUUCCUUGCUCAGAAGAUCUAAGCGAUCGUCCUUGUCCGGCAAAGUGCACAAGACAACGUGAUUGCGGUCAUAUUUGCACAUUGAAAUGUAGUCAAAACUGUAAUAAAUAUCCAUGUCAAGUUGUGGUACAAGUUACACAUCCAGCCUGUGGUCAUGAAUCGGUGAUAAAAUGUUCUGCAAAGGAUAACUUUUUCUGCCAAAAGGAAUGUAGGGAAACGCUUCCUUGUGGUCAUUUUUGUAAGGGUACCUGUCAUAGUUGUUCUAAUGGAAGAUUACAUAUCCAAUGUAAACAAGUAUGCUCGCGAGAUCUUAUAUGUGGGCAUAAUUGUAAUACUGGUCAUCUUUGUUCGAGCAUGUGUCCACCAUGUAACAAAAAGUGCGAAAGAAUAUGUGAACAUAGAGAGGGAUGUCCUCGCUUGUGCGGUGAAAUCUGUGAACCUUGCACGAGGCCGUGCAACUGGGAUUGUGAUAGGAAAUGCAAAAACUCUUUCAAGUGUUCUAAACAGUGCUUUGAAGAUUGUGAAAGGCCUCGCUGCGACAACCGUUGCAAGAGGACUUUAAAGGGUUGUAAUUCUCGACACAGGUGCACCGGCGUGUGUGGUGAGAUAUGCCCAAACUUCUGCAAACGAUGCAACAAUGAUCAACUACAUGAAAUGUUCUCUGAAGCGAAACGAAACGAUAAAGCACUUUUUAUCGAGCUUGUAGACUGUGGGCACAUAUUUGAUCUGGACGCUAUGGAUAGACACAUGCAGUCUGAGUCUAGUGAUGAGUCUAACAAGAAUAGGCAAGUUGCUUUGAAAAUGUGUCCGAAAUGUUCCACUCCUAUAAAGAGAAGCAAAAGGUACAGAAAUAUCAACAACCAAAUAUUUCGAGACCUUGAAGAAGUGAAAAGAGAUAUUGAAAAAGGGAGGGUCAGUAUGUUUCACAAUAGCUUUUGGAUCAAUCAAUCACUCAAAGAGAAUACAACUCCCGUCUCGUUCUUUGUGGAUAAUAUCGAUGAAUUGUUGCCCAAAAACAGUAAAAAUAUUUUUGCCAGAAAAUUACUCAUAUAUUUUGUAUUAAAAAUAGGACCAAGAUUCAAUGAGCUUGAAAGAGCAGAUAGAGAAUUUCCUCCUGAAAUAAAAGGAACAUAUCUAAUAAUGGUAAAGUGGAUUGGUAAACACGCUGACAUAAUUUUUAAAGAUUAUGAACUUAGGCAAUUUGCAAAUGAGGUGGAGAGAUACUUGUUAUAUUUAGAUUUGAUUUUAAUGAAACGUGAGUUUGAUGAAAAUGACUAUACAAACAUUACUCAAAGUGACAAAGAACGUCUUGAGUGUCAUAUGACCAAGCUGAGAUGUCCAGGUGGGAGUACCUUUAAACCUGAAGACAUUACAAAGGCCAAGUCAGCGUUCGAAGAACUUAGGAGAAAAGAGCCAACUUCUUGUUCCUGGAUUUCUGAUGAUGAACGAAGGAUCAGUUUGCAAAAUGUGGCGUGCACAAAGCAAGGCAAAUGGUACAAAUGUACAAAUAGCCAUAUCUACAGCAUUGGUUUUUUCGUCGAUACUAGUGACGAAUCACAGUGUCCGGAAUGUCGGCCAUCGAUAAAGAAUUCUAAUCGCUGAGAGAGU